AUGUCGGCGAUCGCCUCGACCGUCGCGCUCGGCGCCUCCGCGCGCCGCGCGGCCGCGCCCGCGAAGCGCGGAGAUCUCGCGGGCAAGCGCGCGGCCACCAUCGGCGAUAGGCUCGCCAAGGCGACCGAGGGCAUUCCCAAGCCGAACCUCCCUUCCCUGCCCAAGGUGAACCUCCCGUCCGCGCCGAAGAUGCCGUCCAUCGGCGGCGGCAAAGAAGCGUCCGAAGGGCCGGGGUACACCCCCGCGCGCGACGGCGAUACGCUGUACGUCGGUCAGGGCAAGUACAUCAAAGACGAUAAAGCCGGGAUCGUGUCCAAGACGGGGAGGGACUCGCUGUACGUCGGCGGGUUCGCCGGAGGCGAGGAAGGCCUCCAGAAUUACCGCGACGUGCUGAAGGAAGACCCGGGCGCGAUCGCGGUCGCGAAGAAGUCCGGGAAGAAGCCGCGAAGGGAAUCCAAAGAGGUGGACCUCUCGAAAGACUUUGGCGCGUGCGCGGGCGGGUUCCCCGGCGGCGAGGUCGGCCUGAAAGCGUUCAACGCCACCGGCGUCGUCGCGACGCGGUCGGCCCCGCCCACCAUCGGGUGGGGCCCGCCCGUGCUCCUCCUCCUCGCCAUCGGCGGGACGGGGUACUACCUCAACGGCGGCGAUAUGAGCGUCGAGGGCGUCCAAUCCUCGCUCAGCGUCGAGUCGCUCGACGCGCGGCUCAGCGCGGCGUCGUCCCUCGCGUCCGGGGCGAAGGGCACGCUCGACGCGAACCUCGCGCCGGAGCAGGAGGCUGUCCUCGGGGAGGUUGUCCUCGGCGGGCUCGGCGUGAUCGUCGCCCUCUCGCUGGUGAAGAGCGCGGCGAAGAAGGCGGCGGAGAGCGCGGGGGACGUCGCAAAGGUCGCCUUGCUCGGCGCCGCGACCGCGGGCGUCGCGGGGAAGAUCUUGAACAUUUGGUGAUGUGAUGGAGGACUGUGUGCGCGCGUACUGUAGACGAACGACGAUGAGAAUACUCACCCUUAUCCAACC